CAUAACAGGCCCAAUACAGCGGCUAACGAUAGCAGGGCUUCGUUGUAGUCAAGCUGUUAAAGCUACCUCGCUAGCUUAGAUUUAAAAAAAGGGAGCGAAAUAGUAAGCUAGGCUAUCAUGCUAAGAUUUGGGAACAGAAACCCACCAGGGCCUUUGGUGACAAACAGCAUGUUUAGUGCUACAAGAAAGAAGUUUGUAGAGGGGGUCGAAAGUGACUACCCUGAUGAAAGCAUGUACUACGGCCAGCCAUCGAUGUUCCAACAUCGAUCAGAAAAAGACAUGUUGGCAUCUCCAUCACCAUCGUCGUCAGGUCAAUUGUCGCAGCUCGGCGCCAGUUUAUACGGGCAAAGUGCACUAGGGUUCCCGAUGAGGGGCAUGAGCAACACCAACCCUCAGCUGAACAGGAGCUUGACGCAGGGCAGCCAGCUCCCCAGCCACGUCACACCAACCACCGGCGUGCCCACGCUCUCCUUGCACACCCCACCCUCGCCAAGCAGGGGGAUCCUUCCGAUGAACACCCGGAACAUGAUGAACCAUGCGCAGGUGGGCCAGGGUAUGGGUGGCAUGAGCGGCCGCAGCAACAGCAUGGGCAGCUCGGGACUGGGCAGCCCCAACCGCAGCUCGCCCAGCAUCAUCUGCAUGCCCAAGCAGCAGCAGGCGCGCCAGCCACUCACCAUCAACAGUAUGUCGGGGUUUGGGAUGAACAGGAAUCCAGCGUUCGGAAUGAACAGCUCGUUAUCGAGCAACAUCUUCAACGGAACGGACGGGAGUGAGAAUGUCACGGGGCUGGACCUUUCGGACUUCCCUGCGUUAGCGGACCGGAGUCGGAGGGAAGGAAACGCCAAUCCAACUCCACUGCUUAACCCACUGGCUGGGAGAGCCCCUUACGUUGGAAUGGUCACAAAGCCAUCGAACGAACAGUCUCAAGACUUCUCCAUCCACAACGAGGACUUCCCUGCACUGCCUGGGCCCAACUACAAGGACCCAACGUCGAAUAAUGACGACAGCAAAUCGAACCUGAACUCAUCGGGCAAGAGCGUAUCCAGCACAGACGGUCCUAAGUUCCCCGGGGACAAGAGCUCAACAGCACAGAACAACAACCAGCAGAAGAAAGGGAUCCAGGUGUUACCUGAUGGUCGGGUGACGAACAUUCCCCCAGGCAUGGUGACAGACCAGUUUGGCAUGAUCGGCCUGUUAACGUUCAUCCGGGCAGCUGAGACAGACCCGGGCAUGGUGCACUUGGCGCUAGGCAGCGACCUGACAACACUAGGCCUCAACCUGAACUCGCCAGAAAAUCUCUACCCCAAAUUUGCCUCUCCUUGGGCAUCUGCACCUUGUCGGCCUCAGGACAUCGACUUCCAUGUUCCGUCUGAAUACUUAACCAACAUUCACAUAAGGGACAAGCUGGCUGCAAUAAAGCUGUCGCGGUACGGAGAAGAUCUGCUGUUCUACCUGUACUACAUGAACGGAGGCGACCUCCUACAACUACUCGCAGCAGUAGAGCUGUUUAACCGGGACUGGAGGUACCAUAAGGAGGAGCGAGUUUGGAUCACACGGGCGCCGGGGAUGGAGCCUACAUUAAAGACCAACACCUACGAGCGGGGGACGUACUACUUCUUCGACUGUCUUAACUGGAGGAAGGUAGCUAAGGUAAAGGAGUUUCACCUGGAAUACGACAAGCUAGAAGAGCGGCCUCAUGUUCCAUCCACCUUCAACUACAACCCCGCUCAGCAGGCCUUCUGAGCUGUCCGCCCUGCUCGCAGUCGUCACGGCGGCAGGGGUAUGGCUGUCCUGGCUUGUCACUCACUGAACUGGCAGAUAGAUGGCGCUGUGGCUCAGGCAUCCUGUUUUUUAAAAAAAAAAAAAACAACAAACAAACAAACACAUGUUCCUCAAUGGAUCAGCUAAAUUGACUCGGGUUGGGAGCCCCAUCUUGCCAUGUUUGGCUGUGGGGUCCUGCCUUUCAGAAUUAUGUGCUGCCCAAAAAACACACAAACACACACUCGUUUGUUUUCUUCUCCUUUUCUUUUCAUUUCUCUCUUUUUU